AUGCGUGAUCGACAAUCGUCGUCUCCUAUCGACUUAUUCAUAUCAUCAACUGCAAUGGCCUCAACAACGACAACAAAUAACGUUAAUGAACUCCUGCCCGGUCUCGAAAAUUUUCUUCGUUCCAUGUUAAACAGUACAAAUUUAGAUAAUGACCACCGUCAAAUCGCUGCGAUGUACGUUGAUAGACUCGAUGAACUCAGUAGACCUGCAACCACUCACCCAACACCCAUACCUGAGAAUCAAACAAUGAUUCAUUCGAAUGUGGUAUCCGAUGAAGAAGAUGAUGAUAGCGAUGAUUUUACUGAUGAAGAAGAAGAAGAACGUAAGAAACAACUCGAAGACGAACAAGAACGACUUCAACAACAAUCUGUUCCACUCGUUACUCGACGUUCAUCAAACAGUGAUAAUCAAACUUGUCCCAAUGCUAAACAUAAAACAGCCGAUGCUCAUAGUCAAUGGUAUAUCGAUGUUCCGAAAAAUACUUAUCUCGAAGCAUCAACACCCCAAACUCCCAAUGACUGUCCUGACAGCGUCCCAUCGAAGCCACCUAGUCGAUUAUCGAUGUCCACACCAACAUCAACAAUAAUUGCUAAUGGUCCACUUUUAACUUAUGAUGAAAAUCAUAAUUGGAUAUGGCGUUAUUAUGUUCUCGAUGAUUACGAUCUAAUUUGUUUCUCAGCUGAUAAAAAGUCAUUACCAACAAGUCAAAUGCAAUCGGAUAAUGAUAGCUCACCAUUAUGGGUGUCUGAUAUGACGAACGCAAAGGUUCAUAUGGCUACUAUGGAUAAUUAUGAGUGUUUAUGCUUACAAAUGGGUCUUUCGGAAGCCAUUUAUGUUCGACCGCAAGACUCGAAACAAUUGAAUAGUUGGCUAAAAUCAUUUCAAGAUGCGACAGCAGCAUCACAAAAAUCCAAAGAUAAUGCCAAGAGUCGAAGUAAUGUGAAAACACUUUCACGCAAUGCUCGCCGUAUGUUCGCUCAAUUUAAUCGCAAGAAAGGGCAACUCGUAUCACAUUUACUCGAUCAAAUGGCAAAUGUAACAGGUGUUGAUGAAAAAACAAGGAAACAUUGUGAACUACGAGGUUUUCUCGUUGUUUCUAUGGAUAAUCAUACUUUUGUUACCAAAUACUGUACGAUCGUCGAUGGAAUCUUUCGUAUACAUAAAUCCCGUUUGAGCGAACAAACGGAUCAUGAAUUGUGCUUGAAACGUUGUAAAUUAUCCUUUCCCGAAGAACGAACACGUGAUAUUCAGUUUGCACUGAUCGAUGAACACGACGAAACUAUUUUCAUCCGUGGGAACAAUAUCUACAGCAUGGGAAGGCUAUUGAACACAUUAGCAAAAUACGUCGAAAUCAAAGGUAGUUCACAAUUUGCCUUUACAGCAGGUGGAAGCACAACAUCGACUCCAUUGAGUAAACAUCGACAACCGUCGAUAAGUUCGUCUCAACCGCAUAUUUAUUCCGACGUUGAUAGUUCGUCAGGAACGAUUAAUUGUCCAUCGAAUGAAAUUUAUUCGUCGUCAAGUACUACGAAAUCGAUUCCUACCCCACAACCUUCAACACCAGUCAUCAAAGCAACUAUCUAUCAUAAUGCAUCGAAAUUACAUAAUAAUGACGGUGAUGAUGGAACAUUAAUUGUACCUGUACGUCGAUUCACGAAUGGAUCAAAUGCGACACCAAUUAGUGAAGCAUAUGAUCAACCUAAAUCUUACGAUAAUGUGGCGGUUAUGUCUACGCCAGUCGAUCGGAAUAAUAAUCAUGUUGUUGUUCCGCCUCAACGACGCGAUAAAAUCAAAAACCAUGAUCAACAUCAUCGUUCUGAAUCUCAUUCUUCUCGACCCAAUGGUCAGAAUUCUCACCGUGCAAAAUCAAAAUCAUCUCGCUCAAACAACGAACAGUCGUCCUCUCCUGAAAACACCGUUUUCUGUCUACGCGUAUCGGACAAUUCUUCCACUCAACAUCGACAAUCUCGUCAUCGUCCGAAUGCAGUGCCACAUCGUUCACCUGUUCCUAAUACACCAACAGAAUAUGUUAAUAAACUUGCAAAUCUCUUCACAAAACCAUUUGCAUCAUCGACCACGUCAGUUCCACAGACACCGAAUCUGAAUGAACACCGUACUCGUACGCAAGCCUAUGAUACCGUUCCAUCCUCCCCAAUACCAGUGCCUCGUUUUACACACAGUCAAACUCAAUCACCAUCUGACACAACCGAUGAGCAACGUGUUCAAUUUCGAGAACAACCGAAACCAAAACGUAUCUACGAUAUUCCAAUAACUAUUGAACGUUCAACUAAAUGUGUUGUUACUCCAUUUGAUCAAUAUCAGCGACCAACGAUACGAAAUGCUCGAUCCGUCGAACCAUUACUUUCAUCUGCAAUGACCAGUCAAGAUGAUGGCGACGAAGAAACUCCGUAUGCUCAAGGUUACGAUAAUCUAACAAAAAGCGAAGGAAUUGGCAAAUUUCGUUUCGUCAUUCCAUUCAAUCAUAGUCCUACGUCUGCUUUCAUAUCAUCAAAACCGACACCGAAAUCCAUCAGUUCGUCAUUUAUGACAAUGCGACCACCCUCAUCGACCCGAAAUGCGAAUAUAAACAACAAUAACAAUUCGAGUACACGUUCGACAUUGAUGACGGCAGUCUAA